CUCCUCCAAUAUACUCCGUGAAUGGAUGCUUAUAGACUCAAACGUCCAUUUCACCCCGAUCAUGCAAACCGGAUCAUGCUCCUGUAAUGACAUUUCUCAAAAUACGGCCUGGGUGGAUAUGACGAGCUCGUUGGUUUGUCUGGGUUUACUCUUAUGUGGUUAUGUGACAUCUGAACCAAUUCGAUUUGACGGCCACAAGGUGCUUCAGAUUGUGCCUCAUUCUGAAAGCGAACUAGAACAGGUGCUCGCUCUACAUGACCUUUAUGAUCUUGACAUGUGGCGACAUCCACGAAGGGGAAACCACUCCAUGGAUGUUUACGUAGAACCAGAGAAACUGGAAUCUGUAUUAAGUGUCCUUAAAGACAUAGGAGCUCAUGUCAAAAUCUGGAUCAACGAUUUACAAAAACUCGUUGAUGAAGAACAGUCUUCCAUAAAAAGAAGUUUUCACUUACCAUACAGUUCUCAGGGACGAAAGCAGGGGUUUAAUCAUUUCGCCUAUCACAGAUAUUCAACAAUUAAUCAGUAUUUAAGAGAUGUAGCAACGGCGACAUUGUCCAUGUCCACAGUUAAUGCUAGCGUCUCCACUAUAGGAUACACCGCAGAGGGACGGGAAAUUAACGUUCUCAAAGUUACUCGUGGAGACAGUAUAUCACGCCCCUCUAUUUUUAUUGACGGCGGGAUCCACGCCCGUGAGUGGAUAGCCCCGGCUACAGUGUUAUAUUUCAUUAAUCAAUUGGUGUAUGGAGACGAGUUUGGUUAUGCUACACAGUUGCUGAAUAAAUUUGACUGGUUUUUUGCACCUCUGCUGAAUCCUGACGGCUAUGAAUUUUCACACACAACUUACAGACUCUGGAGGAAAAACCGAGUAGAGCAUCGGAGGAAAUGCUUCGGGACAGACCUGAACAGGAACUUUGGAUAUCAGUGGAAUCCAUCGAUCGGCGGAAGUAGUAACGUGUGUUCGGAUGUGUAUUCUGGUUCUCAGGCGUUCUCUGAGAAAGAGAGUCAGGCGGUUUCCACGUUCAUCACAGACAAUAAACAAAACAUGCUAGCUUAUCUGACGUACCACGCGUAUGGUCAGAUGUGGCUGUAUCCAUGGGGAUUUACAUCAGCUCUCCCUUCCGACUGGCAAGACUUGGAUGCUGCUGCUAAGACUGGGACCGCUGCUCUUGGAGAAGUGUAUGGGACCACCUACUUGGUAGGCUCAUCAACAAACGUGUUAUAUUCAGCGGCUGGUGGUUCUGACGACUGGGUCAAGGGUGGAGCUGGAGUGAAAUACGCAUACACAAUUGAACUUCGUGAUACUGGGUCACAUGGGUUUGUACUUCCGGUGAACCAGAUAGAGCCUACUUGUAGAGAAUCUUGGCGUGGCUUAGCGGCAUUCGCAUUGUCCUUAAACACAAUCCGGGCAGGGGGUAGGGGAUAGAACAAAUUGCAUUCAUAUAACAUUUAUACAAUGUGGUUGGUGCUAUUUACAUGUUUGUUUUUAUCGAAUUAAACAUCA